ACUUCCCAGCCCUAAUCUUCGGCUCCUGGUUGUUCUCAUGAGUUGAGGUUUUGAAAGAUUAAGCGCGGGAGUUAUCGUCAUCUUCAUUCAUUCAGCUAUUCGUCCAUCGAUCCAUUUAUUCAGCCACUGGUUCAUCGCAAUGGAGGGCUACGAUCUGGAGUUGGAGAAGGCUCGUCUCCUGAGCUUGGCCCUCGACUUCGGAUUCGACGAACACUCAUCUAGGAAGUGCUUGGAUCGUCUUCUCCAGCUCUACGGUGAAGAUGGCCAAGAUUUUAUCAGUGUGGAGCACUGUGGUGAUGAUUUUCUUGCUGCACUGGCUGAAUCUAUGCAAAAUAGUGAAGACUGGGAAGAUUUACAAGCCAUGGAAACUGAAGCUUGUGGAACACUGAAUAUCAUGUUUGACAAUGAUGCUCUGAAUAAUUAUGAAGCAGAAAAUGAUGGCAACACAGGAAGCUAUAUUCAUGUCAUAGAAGAUUCACCAGAACCUCAAAAACAUCAAAAUUGGAUGCAGUUGGAUUCUUCUAGUGAUAGUGAAGACAUAGACUUCAGAAUUGUAAACAAGAAGGAUGCCAGAUCCACCCCAUCUUCUUGUCCAAGUAGAAGCACCCAUGCCAUUACUCGAAGUCUGAGUAAAUAUCCUUCAAAAUCUGUAGAUUGUAAGAGCAGUGUUGUUCAACCUUCAGUUUCAUCAAUUCCUAAUCAGAAGGCACACUCAUGGACAUCAGAAGAUGCACAUGGUACUCUCAGCUAUGAAGAUUUACAGGCCAUGGAUGAUAUUGAAUUGGCCAAUGUUGUCAUUUUUGGUAACAAGACAUUUAGACCAUUGCAGCAUCAGGCUUGUAAAGCAUCCAUGGCAAAACAAGAUUGCUUUAUUCUAAUGCCAACAGGUGGUGGUAAAAGCCUCUGUUACCAGCUUCCAGCAACUCUGCAACCAGGUGUGACAGUUGUUGUAUCCCCUCUGCUUUCGCUCAUUCAGGAUCAGAUAAUCACAUUGAACCUUAAAUUUGGAAUUCCAGCGACCUUUCUAAAUUCUCAACAAACUGCUUCUCAAGCAACUGCUGUUCUCCAAGAGCUAAGGCAAGAGAAACCAUCAUGCAAACUGUUGUAUGUAACUCCUGAAAGAAUUGGUGGAAGCCUAUCAUUUCUGGAUGUCUUAAAGUGCUUGCAUUGGAAGGGACAACUAGCUGGUUUUGUGGUGGAUGAAGCACACUGUGUGAGCCAAUGGGGACAUGACUUUCGUCCAGAUUAUAGGGGAUUGGGAUGCCUCAAGCAGAAUUUCCCAGAUGUCCCAGUGAUGGCAUUGACUGCGACAGCAACCCAGUCAGUUCGCCAGGACAUAUUAAAUGCUUUAAGAAUUCCCCAUGCUCUCGUGCUUGAAGCAAGCUUUGAUAGGCCAAAUUUAAAGUAUGAAGUGAUCAGUAAGACGAGGGAGCCUUUGAAGCAGCUUGGACAAUUAAUAGAUGAUCGGUUCAAGAAUUCUUGUGGGAUCGUAUACUGCCUUUCUAAAAGUGAAUGUGUGGAGGUUUCAAAAUUUUUAAAUGAGAAAUGUAAGAUCAAGACAGUUUAUUACCAUGCUGGUUUACCAGCUCGCCAAAGAGUUGUGGUUCAAAAGAAAUGGUAUUCUGGAGAGGUCCAUGUCGUGUGUGCCACUAUUGCUUUUGGGAUGGGCAUAGACAAACCAGAUGUUCGUUUUGUUAUCCACAACACAUUGUCCAAGUCAAUUGAAAGCUAUUAUCAAGAAUCUGGAAGGGCAGGAAGAGAUAAUCUUCCAGCGGUAUGCAUUGCUCUAUAUCUGAAGAAGGAUUUCAGCCGGGUUGUAUGUAUGUUGCGGAAUGGGCAGGGAUGUAAAAGCGAGAGUUUUAAAACAGCCAUGAAUCAAGCUCGGAAAAUGCAACAGUAUUGUGAACUCAAGGCUAAAUGUCGGAGACAGACCUUACUUGAACACUUUGGAGAGUCCUUUGAUCAAAAAGCUUGCAAACAUGGUUCUAAUCCCUGUGAUAACUGUCUCAAGCCUACCUAAUGUAGGCUCUUACAGAACAGUUUAAAAUGGGCAAAAGCGGUCCUUCGUCACUAUCUCAUGAGAAAUGCAUUUGUAUUCACUUGCAACUGAGGUAUGUUGGAAAAUUCAUUAUUGUAGUGAUUGAGAAAGCAAAUUUGCAACUAUGAACUUGACAUUGGGUGAAUUUGGGCAUAAUUCCAUACAAUCUUAUAUGAAAUUUUGUCCAAAUUCAGUGUCUCAAUUUCACCAAGUACAAUCUAUGGGAAUUUCCUUGUCUCGUCUUAAUAGGUUUAAAUGCUUAAUUUUUCCAAUCCUAUAACAUCCCAAGUAAGUGGUGGCAUUUUUAGCUUGCAUGCUGUUGGUUUUAUUUCAAAAGGGUAAGAAGAUAAAAUGAUAGGUCACCUAUUUCUUCUUCUUUCACCUUCCAAAGCAGAGCCUUCAACGGAGGAAUGCUCUAGCUUGGGCCAUGGAGAAAAACUGUCAUGCAGUUCUCAUUGCACAGCAUCUAGCCUUUUUUCUGCAUGUUGGACCUGCAUGGACCCACAUUCUGGUGCAAGUGGAUCCUGCUUGCAGGAAAAAUGCUGACACAGUAGAAUGGGAUUGGUGUGUUAUAAAUCCCAUGUGGUUUUCUUUUUACUGAUAUUUUAUGAAAAAACUUAAGCUUAACCAAAGCUUAAGGUUAAACUUAAGCUGAUCUCAUCAUGUUGGAGUCCUUCAAGUCUGCUCAAUAACCUAGAAAAAAAAAGGCUUGUUUUUUACAGAUAGUUACAUAUGGAUAUACACAAUACCUAUUUUGGAUAUAUAUCUAGUUCAUACAGAGUUAUAGUGUUUAUUUUUUCAUUGCUGUUUUAAUUUGUUUGGAAUUGGACUCAUCAUGUGCAGCCAAAUAAUUAUGCUUUGUUGGUUUUGUUUUAGGCCUCAACAAGUUGCUGAAGCUGGCCUUUUGUUUUGAACAUUUGUGUUCUUGCUUGUGCAGUUAGGGCAUGAAUUUCACAAAUUGAUGAAAUAGUGGUGAGUCAUAAAGUAGAGAUUGAUGAAUGACAUGAUGAAAGGUGACUCAUUAUAAACCUUGUAAUUUUGUUAGAAAUUUAAAAAAGAAAAAAGCAUCAAUCCAUCACAGGAUGAGUUCAUGGUUUCAAUCCCUUCUCCUCCUCCUCCUCCUCUCUCUCUCUCUGAAAUUGCAUCUGAAACCCCUCUUGCUUUGAUUCUCUGCAGCUGGUUUUCAUGGCAGGCGUGACUUUCAGCUACCUUUCUCUGUACAGUUUGUAGAUUAUAAAAGUGCCUUUAGAAUUGCCUUUCACAAAAGCUUUUUUCUACAUUAUUGUAUGACUUUUUAUGUAUUUUUUCUUUCAUACAGUUGUACAAUACUUGUUUAAACCAGGCUUCCCUUUUUUAUCUUUCUUUCCUUGUUAAUCACACUUUUCUUUUCAAACCCAAAAGAAAAAUUCAAUCAUUGUUCUC